CGCUGAAUAAUGCACGCUGACUUGUUCGUCAAGUCAAUAAAACUGUGUUGUUUUAUAAUCCCAGUUCAGACUGAUUAGAUCUUGCGGUCAUUGGAUCCCUCCUGACCUGGUCCAAGCGGGGCAGUGUUCCAGGACAUGUGGAACUCUCAGGGCUGGAAACUGCUCUGUUGUCCUGCUCUAUUGUCCCCUGACCACAAUGGCUGGUAUGCAGACGAGGAGGGCAGGGCGCGGCCUCUGAUACAUUUAGAAACCUGCAUACAAACGCAGGAAUUCCUGCAAGGUUCUUUUCACUUUCUUGCCUUAGACGGGAAGAAUUUUGCAAACAAGUCAUCUCCUCCGGGUCCGUAAGAUUCUUUUCUCAACCCUGGACUGAGCAACGCAAAGUUAAUGUGAGUGAAUCUUUGGCGCUACAGAACUUGGGUUGUAAACUUGGAAAGGUGUUUGCAUCCUAAUCAAAAGGGAUUUCUACCGUUGAAUUUGUGACAUGCUGGGAGCACAAUAUCAGCUCCUUUUACUGCAACAUCAAAAAUGACUACGAUUGAAGAACCAUAACUGCAGGAGGAGUUACCAAAAGUGCGGAAGAGAUAAAAGCAGCAACAAAAAGAAUGAACGUGGAAGCCAAAAAUCAAAGGUCCCCUUUGCUGUUCCUAUUCGCACACACAGCGUGCGUGCGUGUGUUGUUAAUCAACACAAGGUGCCUCCGUCUAUGUGUGCACACAUAGAAACACACACACUUUAUCACACGAGCCGAGGACUCCCCUGCAGAAAUGAUUCCUCCUCUGAAUUCUUUCUCUUUCUCUCUUUCUCCCUUUCUUUCUCUGCCCCAGAAAAUGCAAACAAAUAAGAGAAGGAAAAAAAUGCCUUUUGUGAGAUAGAGGAUGCAUCCCACUGUACUAUAAAUAACCCAGUCAAACUCUGUGUUGCUAAGGCUGGCUCAGUAGCCGCUCUUUCAUCAUUCCUCACCCCUUACUCUUCUCUUUCACUGCCUCCACCACCCCGGCCUCCGCCUCCUCCCUCUUUUUGUUGCUCCUUCUCUCUCACUCUAUCUCACCCUCAGUCUCAAAGGCAAAUGAGUGAGAGGGAGGCAGUGCCGUCAAUAUACUCGUGCUGUGAUGCUGAAUGCCUGAUUUGCUCCAUUAACAACAUUUCCCGUCUCCCUGUUGAGCUGUGGAGUUGUUGGAGUUAUUGGAGUUGUGUAAUCAUGAGGAAGAGAUCGUAUACAGUCUGUAAGAAAGCUCCAUCGGCUUCAGUCAGAGAAACAGGUUCUCCUCCCAGGUUGAUAAAGAUGGAAGAAUUGAGAGGUAGUGGUAGUAGUGCAAGAACCAGCCGAGGUCAUGUUUGGUCUGAUGACAAGUAAGGUAGUAUACUUACAAAGGUUUGAAGGGUUGAAAGGUCUUUCCUGAUUCUGGUGUAUCCAGAAACAUAUUCAUCAACUUGAGAAGAGCAAGCAGAAGGAAGCCAAAGAGGAAGAUGAGAGAGGAACAACGGACCUGUCAGAGGAAGAGGUGCGGACAAGCAUAGAAGAAUACAACGCUCAAGUCUCUGAAAAUGGCAUGAAGCUGGCUUUAGACGGAUCCUACACAGGCUUCAUUAAGGUCCACCUGAGGCUCAGUCGACCAGUCACAGUCCCCGCUGUGGAGGCGGCGGACUCGGAGGGAGAGUCCAGACAGACGUCUGGUCGCACUCGGGCAACGGCGGAGGGCCAGGAAGGGACGGACUGUGGGCAGAGUGAAAAGCGGACCUCCUUCUACCUACCCAGUGACUGUGUGAAGCAGCUCCACAUCAGCUCUCUGACCACCACCAGAGAGGUCAUCCAGGGCUUGCUGAAGAAGUUCAUGGUGUUGGACAAUCCCCGCAAGUUUGCACUGUACAGGCAGACACACCGCGACGGACAGGAUCUGUUCCAGAAGCUUCCUCUGUGUGAUCAUCCUCUUCUUCUGAGGUUGAUAGCGGGGCCUGACCCGCAGCACCUCAGCUUUGUCCUGAAGGAAAAUGAGACUGGAGAGGUGGAGUGGCAUGCAUUCUCUGUCCCUGAGUUACAAAACUUCCUGGUAAUCCUGGAGAAAGAGGAAGCGGAGCGUGUGCGGAUAGUGGUGCAAAAAUAUGCUGCGUUCCGACAGAAACUACAACAGGCCCUUCAACAACAUGACCCCUGACCCCAUGGCCUGAUACCUUACGACCUUAACCCAGGGAGAGACUGACCUCUUAAACGCUGAGCCCCUGAAGACACGUAAUCUAUUCAGAGACGGGAGAAGAGCUGAACUUUUCGCCACCCUCCGCACACAGAAGCACCCAAACAUACAGGAUAUCCACACUUCGAUGCAUACCCUUUCUCAGGACGCAUGCAACGAGCCCCCUCCACCACCCAGACAUCCACUACCCGAGGGGUGAAAAGGGGGGUGAAAGGUCACAGGGUGUGUGAGCUGAUAGCUGAUUGGGCAAGCAGUGUUGCCAAGGACACACACGCUGAUAUGAAUUAUUAGAGUUUUUAAAGAUUCCCUUUUCUUCUGCUGCUGCUGCUACUGUAAGUGUUACUUAUGCAUGAGUGUCUCUCAGCUCAGCCCCCUGCACAUAGAACUAGAAGGAAAAUGGAAGGCAUGAAUUAUUUUGGAUGAAAGGACAAUCAUACUGAGUGUUCUUUUUAAUUCAAUUUUUCCUGGAAUUGAUGUUUAGAGUUAUCAACUGAUGUAUUAUGUCUCCACUGGAAUAUAAGAGGCGUUUGCGGUCAAGGCUGGAAGCAGGGGGCUCCUUUUUUCAUUCGGAUGCUAGAGCAAGAAAGAAUGGAAAUGUGAGAAAGCAAGAUCCAUUCUUCCAUUUGGCUGAUUUUUCUCAGGGAGCAUACGUUGAGCAAAGAAACUUAAUACAACACCCUGUUUCAGACAGCUUUGUCCCAAAUACCAGCCUUUUCCAUUUGAUUCUAUCAUAUUAUUUUCCUACUUUAGCGCCACAUGAAAAGACACUGUCUUGUGCUUCGCGGACAGAGGAGGUCUCGGAUCAGACCCGGUCACCAAACAUCUCCCUCUCUUCUCUCAGACAGUAACUGUGUUUGAUUUUACCUCCCUAAAUCCCCAUACAACCACCUCUGCAUGGACUGCUGAGCGAGGAAAUCUGCAGAGCUCUACAUAUUUUACACUUUAUUGUAAAAGAGAUUUUACACUGUUAUUAUGAGUUGCAUUUGAAUGUGAUGAUUUUCUUCUUUUUUCACACCAAAGUUUAGAGGAACCGACAUAUUGAGAGGAUUUUAAAGGGAUACAAGACAUUGACAAAUUUAUCUAACUAAAGGUGGUGUAUGUUAAGAAAUAAACAAACCAGCUUUUGUUUUUGCACAUAUAGAUGGAAGUCACUGAAUAGCCUACAUCUUUGUGGGCGGGCAUGCAUUUCUGCUUCUGUUAUCUUUUCAUCUCCCCACAUUAAACUAAAAAAAAAAAAGUAUAUUGAAUUCAUGGUAAAUGGCUAUGAUGUACCAAUGAUGUGUUUGCAAUGCAUAUGUAUUGUGUAGACACUGGAAACUGAGUGAAAAGGUUUAACUUGCUUUGUUUUGUUAUUGCAAUGAUUAUUAAUGAUUCCUGCUGGUUUGUGUGUGUGUGUGUGAGAGAGAGAGAAUGAAUAGUGUUUUAUAAUGAGUGCCUGUGUAUUAUCAGUGCCCCCUCAUUGGCCUCACUUAUUGAGUCUUAUAACAUGCAUUGUGUGCACAUGUAACAUAAUGCAUCACAACUACAAAUUAGCUUGUCUUAGAAACAAUAUGUGAAAUGCAUAUAUCAUAGAAAGCAUUUACAAUCUUCAUUUCCCACACAUUAUUCAUCGUUUUGGUAAAACCAUAGAAAUAUUGAUAAAUGAGUCCAAAAGCUUUGAUGAUGAUUUUUUAACGACACCACCCAAAGCCCGAGCUGUUGGGGCUGGCAGUGCCUUUUUGUUUCAUGUGCCCCUGUGGAUCUAUGGAAGGUGUGUUUCCGCACACAGGUGCCUGAGUGUAUGUGUGGGGACUUUUGCAAGUGUGUAAAUCUGUGUUUCUUGGGUGGUGGUGUACAUGUUUCUUUCUUUCUGCUCCCCUUAAUACAUUAGUCUUUCCAACAACACUGUGUAUGGGUUGGUGUGUGAUUGUGGUGCGUGUUAUUUAUUUCAUGGUCCACCUCAUUCCUAUAAUAUUAUCUCAAGGAUGGUAAAUCCUUGAUGCUAUUUUUUCUGCAAUGUAUUUUGGUUGAUUUGAAGUGUGUGUGUGUGUGUGUGUAAAAUUAAAGCAGUAGAACUGUACAGAAUAUAACAAAAAAAAUAAAAGGACAUCCUUUACUUGAAUGUUGAA